AGCGCAGUUUUGCACCACUGGACCACCUCUGCGUUCUUUUCCCUAUUCGCUGGGGAAAAUGUAAAGAAAAAUUGCAUUUACCUGCAUUUAACGCAAACCAACCGAUUUGGAAAAGCAUCUGCAGUGCAAUCGCCUAGUAAAUAAACAUCCACACCCAUGUUGACCGAAGCCCCCAUGGCCAGCGAAAACAUCAUGGACGAACUAGCCUCUUUGAUUCGCACCGAGAUCCCGGACGGACGCCAAAGCCUCAGGGACAGCUACACCAACCUGGAGCGCGUGGCCGACUACUGUGAGGACACUUACUAUCGCGCCGACAACAAGAAGUCUGCACUGGAGGCCACCAAGAACUACACCACCCAGUCUCUAGCCAGCGUCGCCUAUCAAAUAAACACUCUCGCCUACAGCUACAUGCAGCUGCUAGAACUGCAGGCCCAGCAACUGGGAGAGAUGGAGUCCCAGAUGAACCACAUCGCCCAGACGGUGCACAUCCACAAGGAGAAAGUGGCAAGGCGGGAAAUCGGUGUUCUUACUGCCAAUAAGGUGAGCUCGCGCCAGUUUAAAAUAGUGGCACCCAUCAAUCCGGAAAAGCCCAUAAAGUAUGUUCGCAAACCCAUCGAUUACUCGAUUCUGGACGAGAUUGGUCAUGGCAUCAAUUCGGCCCAACAUGCCCAGGGUAGGCAAAAGCAUCGUGGCUCCAGCCACGGAUCCGUGCAAUCAUUGGUGCCCUCGUCUGUGGGUCCGCCACCGACCACAAAGCCACCAACGCCACCCCAGAUGUCGCGGGCUGGAAAUACUGGAACUCUUGGAAAGUCGGUUAGCAAUACGGGAACUUUGGGAAAGAGUUCACGGGAGUAUCGCACUCCGCCAGUGGUCAAUCCACCGCAGGUGCCCUCGCAUUAUGCCCCAAACUAUCCAAUUGGGCAUCCCAAGCGUAUGUCUACCGCUUCGUCGGGAACAGCAGCGGGUAACGGAGGCGGUGCUGCGGGUAAUGAACGAGCAGCUGGCUAUAGUGCUCUUCCCAUGCCCCCGAGUCAGCAAAUAGCUACCCAUGUUAACUUGCCGUCAGCGGGAAUGAUGCAAUCCUUGCCUCCACCGCCGCCCACAACUUAUGAUGAUCGCAGCAGCAUGCCUCCAGCUCCUCCUUCGCCGCUGACAGUGUCGCAGCACGAGAUGACCGAGCAAAGCCACAUUGGUAUGCAUACUCUGGGUCGCAACAUCAACAGGAAUCCCAACCGAAAUCAUUUUAGCUUAAACUUUGCAAGACCCGGCUCCCAAUCGCCGCCUUUGCCUCCUCCGCCACCGCCAGAGGAUGAACAUCAGGACUUUGGUCGGCCACGCACCUCGACAGGACCGCAGCUGGCGCCAAUAGUACCGGAGGAUCAGAACCUCCCCGGCUGGGUGCCCAAGAACUUUAUCGAGAAGGUGGUGGCCAUCUAUGACUAUUAUGCCGACAAGGACGACGAACUGAGCUUCCAGGAAAGCUCAGUGCUGUAUGUGCUCAAAAAGAACGAUGACGGCUGGUGGGAGGGCGUCAUGGAUGGAGUGACCGGCCUGUUUCCGGGAAAUUACGUGGAGCCUUGUGUCUAAGCCUCGCAGCGAUAUUCUAAACAUGCCAACCAUUACAAUAAUCUGCAUUAUCCAGCCUGUUUCGCUCCCUGGCUGUCCUUCUAUGGUCUGAAAAAGGAGUCAGAGGACAGCGGAGGACCGCAACAGGCUCGGCUGACAAUGACGAUAACAUUUUGAGCAUAUUGAUAAGGACAAUUAUACAAUUAAACAUAUACACAAGCACAGCAGGCCAGAAAAGAAAGAAAACAAAGAUAAUUCCAUUAGCAUCAGCCAACUGCAUUUAGUCUAAUAAAAAAGAGCACACACCAGGAUCCAUGAGCUCGAGGAAUGUCGAGCUAGCUGCCUAUCUUAACCUAUUUACACGCUAGUAAUGAAUAACUAAUGGAAAUUUCUAAAAUUGUUCCACAAAAGUAGACGAAUUCAGCCCAAUUACUUUAAAUAUUUGUCCACUGUUUUAUCAAGAGUUUUCUGUUGCCUUCCGCUUUAUACCCCUAUACCUAACCCUAUACUCGUACCUAUAUCCCCCAGCAAUACACUGUAGGUUAUAUGAAUUUCAGUUAGCAUUUAAUUCUUAAGCAUUGGCUAGGUGGAGAACUUUUGUUUACACUUUUACAAACCGCAACGAUUACUUUAUUUAGCUGCGAACGUUUAGUUUAAAUGGAAUUGCAAGCAAAAGGAAUCAAAUCAAAUCUACACAAUACAAGUAUACAAAACACAUACCCGCUCUAUAUGGCAUCAAAAUAAUAGCUAAUAAAAAUUUCAAUUACCAAACCGCAA